UCGAUCGUUAUGAUGAUUGAAAUAAAUUUUAUUCGAGUUGUGUUCGUCGACGAGAGAAUGUCGUUCUGUUCUGAACAGUGUCUUUUGCGUGAUUAAAAGCUUAUUUCAUUUCUCUAUUUUCUUUCAUCUUUAAAUGCGAAUUGGUCGGCUGGUAAUAUUUGGUAGUGAAAUUUUUGCUCUGUAACAGAUAUGGAAAGCCAAGAAGGAUUAGGAAGAGCUCGAGGCCGAGGCCGAUCCAGACCCAAACCUACCCCACAACCGUCCGCAACAGGAGCAGCGGCAGCUCCGCAGCCUCAAACUGGAGCCAGCUCAAGUAGUUCGACAACAAUACCGACUGCUCAUGGAAGAGGAACGAGUAAAGGCAGAGCCAGCGCUGCCUCAAGGUCAACUGCUCCUCCGACUCAGCAAAUGCAAGCAAUGAGCGUCUCCGGAGGUGGACCUAGAAGUACGAUGAGAGGAGGCACUGGUACUACUGUUGCGAGUUCUGCUGGAAAUGGAAACGGAAACGGUAACGGAAACGGUGAUGGAAAUCGUACACCUUACGGACGAUUCGGUAUCAGAGGAGGCAGAUACCUCGAGGGUCAGUUUUUACAUAGUAGACCUGAAAGCGUUCGAGUAACUAAGAAAGGUCUUUCCGGUCAAAAAACCAAAAUCCAGAGUAACUUUUUCCGAUUGACGAUGAAUCCAGAUUGGACCCUGAACAAGUACCAUGUUGACUUUAAUCCGGCCGAAGAUCGUGUGGGAAUGCGGAAAAUAUUCCUUCGUGAGCAUCGCGAACGUCUGGGACAAUAUCUCUUCGACGGAUCUACCAUCUUCUCUUCUCAUAAUUUUUGUGCCAAUAACCAACCUUUGGAAUUAGUUUCGGUUCGAAAUAGCGACCAGCAGAAUAUUAUUAUCACGAUUAAACCCGUCGGAACGGUCGAGCCGGGUGAUUACCAACGUCUGCAAGUGUUCAAUAUCAUCGUUCGAGGAUGCAUGAGUAAAAUGAACUUGCAGUUGAUUAAAAGGAACUAUUUCGACAAAGAAGCCGCUGUUGCCGUUAGAGAACAUAAUUUGGAAUUAUGGCCCGGAUAUAUCACAUCGAUGGCUCAAUACGAGUACGACGUCCUGCUGCAGGCUGAAAUCAUCUACAAAGUGUUGAGAAUAGAUACAGCUUACGAUAUAUUUAGAGAAAUAUUGAGAAGCUCGGGAGAUAGGGGCUUCAGAGAAGCGUACUCGGCGACGAUCAUCGGAUGUACCGUUAUGACGACGUAUAACGAUAAAACGUACAAAAUAACAGACGUAUCGUACAACGAUACUCCGGAAUCUACGUUCAAACAAAAAACCAAAGAAGGCGAACGUCACAUUUCUUAUAAAGAAUAUUUUGCGAACAGAUAUAAAGCGAAAAUCAACGACCCUAAACAACCGAUGCUGAUCUCAAAGUCGAGCCAACGCGACGUACGAGCCGGAAUGCCGCCGGAGAUAUACUUGGUGCCUGAGCUAUGCGUCAUGACCGGAUUGAACGACUCGAUGAGAUCAAACUACACGCUGAUGAGGGCUGUAGCCGAACACACCGCCGUAGCUCCCAGCGACCGUAUUCGACGACUGGAGAGUUUCAAACAUCGUUUGACCAGUAUUCCCGAGGUAUCGAAAAAACUCAACGAUUGGGGCAUACAGUUGUCCGAUAAAUUGGUCGAAGUAGACGGACGUAUUCUUCCUCAAGAAACUAUUAUCGCCGGACAAAACAAACGAUUCCAAAGCGGACCCGAUGUAGACUGGACCAAGAAUUUGAGAUCGUCGCCCAUGUUGGUUCCAGCCUCGAUGAACAGAUGGGUUGUGAUAUUCCCGUCCAAGUUUUCCGCAGAAGCGAGAGAUUUAGCGCGUAUGAUUAACGAAUGCGGCAGAGGAAUGAAUUUCGUCGUGCCACAGCCUACUCCUGUUUCCAUUCCAAAUGAUAACGCUUCGGCUUACGUUCAAGGUAUCGAAGAGGCCAUUAAUAAACAUAAUCCGGAAUUCAUGGUUUUUGUGGUGCCUAAUAAUCGAUCCGAUCGGUAUUCAGCCAUUAAGAAAAAAACUAUCGUUGAUAAAGCUGUACCUUCUCAGGUGGUAUUAUUGAAAAACAUCAAAGCCAAAAGCGCCAUGUCGAUCGCUACAAAAAUCACUAUUCAAAUCAACUGUAAAAUGGGAGGUGCGCCUUGGAGCGUUGAUAUUCCGAUCAAGGAAGCUAUGAUUGUUGGAUUCGACGUUUGUCACGAUCCUCGCGACAGAAAUAGAAGUUUCGGCGCUAUGGUCGCUACGAUGGAUUCGCUAUUUGGACGAUAUUAUUCGACAUUAAGUCAUCACACUGCCGGAGCCGAGCUUUCGGCCAAUAGCGCGCUCAAUAUGUCGAAGGCUGUACUUCGAUACCAGCAGUUGAACAAUAAUAGAUUACCAAAUCCGGUGAUCAUGUAUCGCGACGGUGUGGGCGAAGGCGAUUUGAAAACGCUGUACGAUACUGAAAUCACAGCGAUUACGGAAAAGUUAAAUCCGUUGUACGAAGCUCAAAAUCAGACGUUGAGAUUCGCUGUAAUCAUCGUAACGAAACGAAUCAAUACCCGAUUGUUCAACAACGGUCGUAAUCCGCCUCCUGGAACCAUUGUUGAUGAUGUGGUCACGAAUCCUCACCGCUUCGACUUCUUUCUGGUAUCUCAAUCGGUGCGUCAAGGAACAGUGUCACCUACUCAUUAUAACGUUCUUCACGAUAAUACCGGACUUCAAGUGGACCAUUUUCAACGAUUGACGUAUAAAAUGACGCAUAUGUAUUAUAACUGGAGUGGCACCGUGCGAGUUCCGGCUCCUUGUCAAUAUGCUCACAAGUUGGCUUUUCUCACGUCUCAGAGCGUUGGAGUCGCUCACUCGAAUAUGGAUCAACUUUUAUACUUCCUGUAACCGCAGUUCCUAGAUUCCUGCGUUCCUUGUUAUUGUUGAUGUUGUUGUUGUUAUUUUUUUGCUAGUUAUUUUUCAAAGUUUUUCAAUUUUUUUUUGAAGUUUUUUUUCAAUAAUAGACUACGGAGGUAAUUUAUUUUUUAUUUUUUUGGUUUUGAUCGUGAUAAACAAUAAGUAUUUUUAUGCCAAUUUAUAUUCAUCGUUAACAAACUUCUUUUUGCUUUUUGUUCUAUGCGGAAUUUUUAGAAAAUAAGGAUUUUGAGAUUUAAUGGAAUCGACUUGAAAGGCGUGAAAAAACAGUUACAUAAAAAAAAGAGAAAGUUAAAAUCGACGACGUUAUAAUAGGUAAUUAUUAAAAAAUGGAGCCUUUUUGUUAGAAUACUAAACUUCUAGAGUACAAAAAAAUUAAGUAUUAUUAUUAUUUUUUUAAAAAAUUAUUCUGUAAUUAUAAUCAAAAUUCAAAUUAUUAUUGCUGCACGAAAGUUGAAAAUUUAUUAUUGUUGAUUAUUUUGUAGAAAAAAUAUGUUUUCAUAUUUCAUUAAAUUACGAUAAGCAGUUUAUUAUUAAACAUUGCUUCAUUAAUUUAGGAUUCGGAGAUAACUAAAAAAUAUGUCAUUUUUGACCAUUUAAAAUUUAGAUUAAUAAUUUUAAUUCGUUAUAAAAUACGGUACCUACUUAAUCUAUUUAUUUUAUUAUUCUUUUCUGACGAUCUCUAAAUAUGUAGAUCGUCGCAAACAUGGUUGUGUUGAGAAAUUCCUCGAAUUUCUUUUCUUAUGGUUUUU